AUAUCUAAUUGAUAGUGUAAUUAUUUCUUCGAGUAAUCGAGAGUUGCUGCGCGCAUUGUGUUCUCCUCUCAAUUCCUGUUUUUGCAGCACAUGGAGGCCAUGUGCGCGCAGGCCUUGCCUGCACACUGCAGCUCAUUAAUAGCGACACAAGGCCAGCGCUUCGUGCCAGGGCCAGCGUCAUGCUCUGGCAGGCAGAGUCUGCCCAGGCCACCCCAGGGGUUGUCCAGGGGGCAGAGUUACGUCACAAAGGGCCGCAGAUCGUGCAGAGCACGGAACAGCAAUGGCAAAAUACCGAUCUUGCAGACAAUCCUCAGCGCAGAAAGCCAGGAUGGGGCACCCCAGGAAAGCCUGGGGGUGGUGGCAGAGGAUGGCUGGAUUGCUCGCACGUUGGCAGCGUUCAGGAAGGAUAGCGCCAAUGCACAGACCCUGCCUGGCCCGAUGGAAGAGAUGAGGAUGGACUGCACUGUGGCGCUGCGCUCGCAACGCAUGCCCACCACGCGCAAUGAGGAGUACCGCUUCACAGACAUAGCCCCCAUCCUGCAGCUGGAACCACAGGUGGCGGCCUCUGCGACUGUGCUGCCAGGCGAGGCGAUUGCAGCGCUGGUGGAGGCGUCUCCCCUUAAGGAGGCUGUGGCAAGGGUGGUGGUCAUUGACGGGGUGGUGGCGCGCCAGCUCAGCGACACAGACCGCUUACCUCAGCAGGGGAAGCAGGCGCGGCUCAGGGGGAGCCCCUUUGCGCUGAUAAACGGCGCCACGGCUGAGGAUGUGCUAUGCAUUGAUGUGCCAGAGGGCGUCUCUGUGGAGGGGCCCAUCCACGUCCUCUACAUCACCUCAGGCGCGAGCAAUGUGGUGGCGCCGCGGCUGCUGUGCACGCUAGGCGCUGAUUCAUCCGCCGAAGUCGUCGAGGAGUUUGUGGGGCCUGCAAAGGGCGCCGAGCCGCACUUCACCAAUGCCGUUGCAGAAAUCAACCUUGCAGAUCGCGCGCAGAUCAAACAUGGGUAUGUGGCGCUGGAGGGACGGCGGGCGCUGCACAUGAAGGGAACUCUGGUGAGACAGGCGGCGCAGAGCAGCUACAAGCUCACGGAGGCGCGCCUGGGCGGCCGGCUGACUCGGCAAGACCUCUUCAUUGAACAGACUGGCGAGGAGACACAGACAGAGAUGGGCAGCUUUUUGCUGUGCGGUGAUGAGCAGCUGCACGACCUGCACUCCAAACUGCGUCUGGAGCACCCGCGCGGCACCGCCAACCAGCUCCACAAGUGCAUUGUGGCGGCCGGGCGCGGCCGCGGCGUAUUUGACGGAGCGGUGAAGGUGGAGCAAAAAGCGCAGAAGACCGACGCCGGGCAGCUCAGCCGCAACUUGUUGCUGGUGCCGCGUGCGACAGUGAAUGUGAAGCCCAAUCUGCAGAUUGUGGCGGACGAUGUCAAGUGCACGCACGGCUGCGCUGUCAGCGACCUGGAGGAGUCCCAGCUCUUCUACUUCCGGGCGAGGGGAGUGGACGCAGCAACUGCGCGCAAGGUGCUCGUGUACUCCUUCGGGGCGGAGGUCACCGGCAGGUUCGCCUCGGCGGAGCUGCGCGCGCGCAUUCAGAACGCUGUGGACAAAACGCUGUCCAGCGUGCCCAUCCUGGAGGAAGCAGCAGCAGCUUAG